AUGGUCGCCCUCUUCGACCAAGUGCGCAGCUUCAGGAGGGACGCACAUGGAGCGGGGAGAGGGGACGGAGGCGUCACCCAAGCCCCUCCACCGCCCCAGACAGAAGUCAGCAGCUUCUCGCCGCUGGGGGGCGCAACGGAGCCGCCGCCGUCGCCGGGGGCCGAGAGGGACCCACCUACCCCGCCUGCGCGCAGCAGGUCCCGCGCGCUCCCACUAGUCGGGGGACCCGCGCCAAGGCGCCGGGGACUCUCACACGACGAGAGGGAGACGGCCCGGGACUCCCAGAGCCCUGGGAGUAGCGUUGACGGGGGCGAAGGGAGUCGCCCUGACUCCUCCCCAAACUUUUCCCGCCCGCCUCGGCGCGAAAGGCGAAGGAAGCAGUCCGGGGGUGGGGAGGUGGAAUCCGGGAUCCAGGGCGGGCCGGGGGCAGGCGGGAAGUCGGCCCCGGUGCGAUCUGGCGGAGGAACAGUGGAUUUUCCGCAGGGAGGGGGCCUCUCCCUGCCCCCCCCCCCCCAGCCCCAAUCGCAAGGAUCUCCCUGCGUCGGGUACUUGCAGGGGCUCACGCCCCCCGCUGUCCCGGCUCUCGCUGCCCGGAGCCCCCCGCCCCGACCUGCGCGCGGCUCCCAGGCGCGCCCCCGACUCACCGGACGCGGGUGGCUGGACCGACCGACGGGCUGGGGCGCGAGGCGAGGCCGCCGGGCUGUUUUGAAGCUCUGGGUUGGGACUGCGCGCUCUCCCUCCUCCCUCUCGCUGGCGCCGAGCCUCCUCCCUCCGUCCCCCUCCUUUCCCGACACCGCCUCCCGGGGCGUGAUGUCAGGAGCCCGGAGAGCCGACGGGGAGGGACCGCGGGAGGCGGGUGGGGGACCCGGGAGGGGAAGGCCGGAGCCCGGGGAGCGCCCCCAGCCCCAGCCCGCCCCCCUGCGCUCCUUUGGGCAACUUUGGGGCAGAGCUGGUAGCCCGGUGCGGGGGGAGGAAGGAGGCAGUGGGCGCUCGAAGGCUCUCUGCGCUGCGUUCGCCCGUCUCCCUCCACCCCUGCGCGUCUUCUCCCCGUUCUCUCCCCCCUCCCGUAAGGCUUAA